AUGGACCCGAGCUACUCCUAUUUCAAAGCAUCCGCAGCCCAGCUCAAGGUGGAGGCGCAGAAGGGAGGCGCUGCACUGGAGGGGUGCGUCCACGUGCCGAAGCUGGGACUGGGGCUGAACAUGGAUGGGAUGAAGCAGUCCGACCGGCCCACAACCAAGGAAGAAUUCCUGGAGAAGUUGACUGCUGCAAAGGCCUUGCCGCCAGACCAGUCGCACCCCAUCAUCACACACUGCGGGAAUGGUGGCCGGGGUGGCAAAGCGGCUGCGCUACUCCGGGAGCUGGGUUACUGGAAUGCCCACAACGGCGGCUCCCCAGACCGGAUCCGACUGGCCCGGACCCGGCCUGCGGCCGCAGCGUCGCCCUCGCAGCCACCUGCAAUUGCCGAGAGCUCUGUACUGGCCAGCUUGCAGGAGCCCAUCAUCAUCGACGCCAGGGACCCCAACGAGGUAGAGGGAGGCAAGGGCGGCGCUGCCCUUGAAGGCUGCCUCCAUAUACCGCUGAACAUGGACGGCCUGAAGCAAACUGAGCGGCCCACCACUACCGAAGAGUUCUUCGCCAAGCUUCAGGCAGCAGGAGGGCUUCCUUCGGAUCAUGGAGCGCCCAUCAUCUGCCACUGUGGCGGUGGUGGCCGUGGGGGCAAGAGUGCCCUGAUUCUGAGGCCAGAGCCCUUCAGCUAG